AUGGCUCCUCACGCUCUUGCCCAGCUUUCCGGCGCAAACAGCCCCUCCGCCAGCACCGCCGCCAGCAUCAGCGACGUCGCCCCGUCCGCCAUCGCUUCGGCCAUCAAAUGGAACCCUUUUGACACUUCAGUCGACCCAGGCCUCAUCAAGGGCUCUGUCUACACUUCCGCCGUAACGGUGGUAAACCAGGCGAUUUUCGGCCUCCUGAACCGCAUUUUCACCUCGGAUUCCGUCGACGACUCGUAUGCGUUCGACGGCCACCUCCACGCUUGGAUAAAUGGUUUUCACCGGGUAAACCCUCUGGGACAAACACCAUUUUUACACAAGUUUGAAACCAGAUCCGGAGCUGGUAGAGCCGUGCUUGGGUUCAUUAACGAGUCCACGGGUCCUUCCCGUGACCCGGUGUCAGUUCUCACCGACGCUGCUGGGUUGGCUUACAUGGUUCCCGCUCUUUCUGGCCGUCAGAAACCUACGCCAGUAGCAUUUGCUGUGGCCGCCGCUGCCUUCAACCAGUCGACGGAUGCGCUUGUGCCAUGCUACGAGAAGCCCUUGGCCGCCGCCAGGCUCUUGAACUACCCGGUUUUCACCCCAACUGACGUUUAUAACGGGUUGGAACACCAACAUUUGGCAAUUUUGGCCAAGUACUUGUCGAAAGAAACCGGCCGUCCCAGCGUAUUUUUGUUCGAUGGGGUCGAUGGUGCCAAGGGCUUUACCAAACACGAGGGUUUGUUGUCGGUUGACGAGGUUCAUGCCGUUUACCACCAGUUAGAAUCGGGUCACGUGACCUCCACUGGUUCUCCCGAACUGGUGGUUUCGGAGGCCUUCGACCGCUUGAGUGCUGCUACCGGUCUCAAGUAUGCUCCAUUUGAGUACGUUGGUCAUGCACGUCCUGAAACGGUGUUUGUGGUUCACGGUUCGGGUGAGUGCACAAAAAUCGGAAAUGUGAUUGAACGUCUCGCGGCCACCACGAAAGUGGGGGUGGUCAAAGUCAGAGUUCCACUUCCAUUUAGCUUCAACGACUUCAUCGCAACUGUCCCCAAAUCCACCGCUAAAUUGGUGGUUUUGAGUAGCAGCUCGGGUGCGGCCGUAUCCCUCAAGGGUGAUAUUUCCAUGGCUUUGUUUGUCAACGGUGUGUACAACCGGUUUGAUAUCGACGAGUAUACUUACUCACCUGACUUUGUUUGGACUCCCAUCACCACCACCAAAGUUUUGCACGAGUUUGUUGCAGACUUAGAUCCUGAUUCCGCAUUGACUACAGACGUAGAAAGAUUUUCGCAGCCAUUGACCGCGAACUCGUCUCCCAACGGUUCAUUCUUGGUUUGGGGAUCGGACAACGGAGAAUUUGCUUCUUCCGCUGCCAAGUUGGCCUUUGCCUUAUCCUUGGAUGACUCCAAAACCGUGUCUUUCCGUUCUAAGUUCGACAACGCUAGAGCUGGUGGUUUGUUCCAGGCACAAAUCGUAUCAGCUGGUAGCACCGCCGCUAUUAAUGAAGUCGAUGCGGCAGAUGUGGCCUUGGUUGAUGAUCCAGCAGUGUUGAAAGAAUACGAUGUGUUGGCCACUUUGAGACCAGAGGGUACUUUACUCUUGGGAAACAGAAAGAAAUAUGACGAGGAAGAACUUGUCAAGAAGUUGCCAGCUGAUUUCAAGAGAUCCUUGGCUUCCAACAAAAGUCAGUUGGUUGUGAUUGACUUUUCGUCUUUGGAUGAAUUGACUGAAUUGAAGGAUUCCACCAAAGGAUUCUCCAACGAAUUCUUGAUUCAGUAUGCAUUCUGGUCUGUCGCAUUGCCCGAAUUAAAUGGGUUUAUUGUCAACAAGUUAUUGCAAGCUAACGGUGGAGGAUUCGAGUUAUUGGGUGCCGUGUUGGACUCUUUUAUCAAUACUGUCAAAGAAAAGGGUUUAUUGAAAUCCAUCAAGGUUGAAGAGCUGUGGGUCGAUUUGGAAACCGAUGAGGAAGAGGUUUUGCAAUUGCCCUUCUUCCCAGCCGAAACUUCGUUUACCAUUAACCCCCGCAAUGAUUCUGAGAUUCCGGAAGAAACUGUUCAAAGUGGAUACGUGGACUUGGCCAAGAAGUUGGCUUUUAGGGAAGCAUAUGACACCAAGAAGGACUUGAGACCAGAUUUACCUGUCAAGAACUUUGUUGUUAAAGUGCAAGAAAACAUUAGAUUGACUCCUGAUGAGUACUCGAGAAACAUUUUUCAUAUUGAAUUUGAUGUUUCUGGUACUGGAUUAACCUAUGACAUUGGUGAAGCAUUAGGAAUUCAUGGACGUAACCACCCUGAAGAUGUGGAAGAGUUCAUUGAAUUCUAUGGAUUAGAGGGCGAUUCGUUAAUUGAAAUCACGAAUAAAGAUGAUUCUUCAGUUUUGGAAAUCAGAUCAGUUAGACAAUCGUUGGCUGAAACCUUGGAUUUCUUAGGAAAACCUCCGAAGAGAUUCUAUGAAUCUUUAGCUGAGUUUGCAACCGAUGACAAGGAAAAGGAAGCAUUGACCAAGUUGGCUAGCAGUGAAGGUGCUGUGGAUUUGAAGAAGAGACAAGAAGUUGACUUUUGUACUUAUUGGGACAUUUUGGAAGAAUUCCAAAGCUGUAGGCCACCAUUUGCCGAGUUGGUCAAAAUUAUUGCUCCUUUAAAGAGAAGAGAGUACUCAAUUGCAUCUUCUCAAAGAAUACACCCAAAUGCGGUCCACCUCUUGAUUGUGGUUGUUGACUGGACUGACUCUAAAGGUAGAAAGAGAUGGGGCCACUGUUCUAAGUACUUAAGUGAUUUGAGUAUUGGUGACGAAUUGGUCGUUAGUGUUAAACCUUCUGUGAUGAAAUUGCCUCCAUUAUCUAAGCAACCAAUUGUGAUGUCCGGAUUGGGUACAGGGUUGGCUCCUUUCAAGGCCUUCAUUGAAGAAAAGAUCUGGCAACAACAACAAGGAAUGGAAAUCGGUGACAUCUUCUUGUUCAUGGGUUCGAGACACAAGAAAGAAGAGUAUCUUUAUGGUGAAUUAUGGGAGGCUUAUAAAGAUGCAGGUAUUUUGACCCAUAUUGGUGCUGCUUUCUCUAGAGACCAACCUGAAAAGAUUUAUAUUCAAGAUAAGAUCAGAGAUAAGAUUGAAGACUUGACCAAUGCUAUGGUUGAUAAGAACGGGUCUUUCUACUUGUGUGGUCCUACUUGGCCAGUUCCCGACAUUACUGCUUGUCUUGAAGACGUGAUGAAAAAUGCUGCUGCUAAGAAGGGCGAGGAGAUUAAAGACCUUACCAAGUUGAUCGAAGACUUAAAGGAAGAAGGUAGAUACGUUUUAGAAGUUUACUAG